AUGACCACCUGCCCCAGCUCAGCGGAGUCUGUGCAGCAGCCAGCCGAUGUGGCGGCCGCGCAGCAGCAGUGGAUGCUGAUGCAGCAGCAGUGGGCGGCGCAGAUGAUGCCGGGCGGCUAUGCCGCGCCGCCGUGGGGCCACAGCGGCGUGUGCGGGGCCCCGCAGCCGCCCGCCUGCGCGUCAUGCUCUGGCUGCAGCGGCGGCUGGCCCGCGCCGGGCGGCGGCAACCAGCAGCAGCAGCAGCAGUGCCAGGCUCACGACCAGCCAGCCGUCGGCUGGCCGGGCCCGCCGCCCGGCGGCGACGCGGCCGCCGCCGCCGCUUUUGCGUCAUACCAGCAGCAGGCCAUGUGGCAGCAGGCGGCCAUGUGGCGCCAGAUGUGGCAGCAGCACCAGCAGCAGCAGCAGGGCGUCGUCAUCGGCGUGCCCGUUGAAGAGAUAUAUGGCGGCGCGGAGCAGGGGCAGCAGGCCUGA